AUGGCAUUGUCGCAGCGCAGAGAAAUACUUGUCAUUGGCGGCACGGGCGCCCAAGGCAUGCCUGUCGUGAAAACCCUCUCCGCUUCCCAAGAAUACUCAGCCCGGGUUCUAACGCGAGACCCUUCAUCCACCCGCGCCAAAUCCCUAGCGGCCCUGCCCAACGUCACCUUGAUCCAAGGUACGCAGGAGUCCGAAGCGGACCUGCACCGUGCCUUCAAGGGCGUGUACGGCGCAUGGGUGAACCUCGAUGGCUUCGUCCUGGGGGAGAUGAAGGAAUUGUAUUUCGCAUUCCGCUGCUAUGAGAUUGCCAGAGGCGAGGGAGUGAAGCAUUAUGUCUGGGCGAAUUGUGAUUACGCCUUGAGGAUUGCCGGGUGGAGGGAAGAGUUUCAUUGGGGGCAUAAUGAUGCAAAGGGACGAGUUGGUGACUUCAUCCUUGCGCAGGGCCAGAAAGCCAUGGCCUCGACUCUUUUCACUGUUGGCCCUUACAUGGACAUGUUGCUGGAUGGAAUGUUGAUGCCAGCGGAAGAACUCGAAGACGGCACCCUCGUAUGGGAAAAUCCGUCCGAGGACGGCAAGAUCCCCCUCAUGGCUCUCGACGAUGUCGGCGUGUUCGUGAAGUGGAUCUUUGACCACCCAGAACGUUCCACGGGAAUCAACCUCGAAAUGGCCACCGAUCAGGUCUCUUUCUCGGACAUCACAUCAGCCUUUACGCGUGUGACUGGCCGCAAGGGAAUCCACCGCAGGAUUUCCUUCGAGGAGUACCUCCCUAAGAAGGAACCGUACCCCAAUGCCCCUGCCAACUGGGCGAAUGCCGAUGGAUCACCAUCCACAAUGACUUGGCGGCAGAACUUCACUGCGUGGUGGAAGUUUUGGGGUGGCGGCCUGGGAGCGACCCGGGAUAUGAAGUUGUUGGACGAGAUUUACCCUGGUAGAAUCAAGACAGUAGAGGAAUGGAUGCGAAAAGUCAACUACCAAGGUGGAAAGAGAGGAGCAGUGUUGAAAGAUAUUGGCGAUUUAAUGGCAAGGCGGAAAGCUGCGGCUGACAAGGAUCAAUAG